GGAGUAGAAUUGGUCCGGAACGGUUCGGUCCAACGGCAGUGGAAAUCGGGUGGCAGCUUUGGACGAGAGAACAUUGUGAGUUGUGGACGACAAAGUGCAACAUCAUCGGUACAGAGUUUUGAUCGACGAUUGUGGGUGCGCUAAAGUGAUAAUUAUCAACUGAGUGCUGUUCGAAGCCAUCCGAGAUAGUGUGGCCAUCUGUUCGGUGUUGAUAGCGAGAAUUGUGGGUGAGAGAUGUGAUAAAGCCAAGUUGCAGUACAGAGAAGCAACGAAUUCGACAAUAACGCGCAUUUCCGCCAUCACCGUAUAGCUAGGAGCGUAAGCUCUUAGCCCUGGACACUUGCAAGAAUCCGAACCCUUCCACAGGAGGAUAAGAAACCGUCCCGCACUGACACAAACACAUGAUGAUAGUGAAACUUAGCAUACGGCAAAAAACGGCCACGCUAGCAUGUAUCACAGCUGUGGCCUGUUCGUUGUCAUUAGCGAUAGGACAACGGCUCAUCCCACAAUCGCUGCUGUCCGCCUUGGUCAUGUAUCUGCUGACCGGUGAUAGGCCUACGACGUUGUUCGCGUUCUUCCGAACGCUGCCAAGAGAUUUCAAUGCUGCCGUGUGCUUCACCAAGAUGAACCUCAACCUGUACCGGUUGGAGAAGCGCAAGAUGACGGUAGUGAAGAUUUUCGAGGAGGUAGCAGCCAAACGGCCGUCCAAGGUGGCCCUCCUUAUGGACGACCAGCGGUUGACCUUUGGCGAGGUGAAGCAGCUCUCCGAUCGGGUUGCCAGCUACUUCCACUCGAAAGGCUUCUCCAAGGGCGACACGGUGGCGCUGAUGAUGGAAACCCGCACCGAGUAUCCGUGCAUCUGGCUGGGCCUGGCCAAACUGGGCGUCGUAACAGCCCUGAUCAAUACCAAUCUGCGGCGGGAAACGCUGAGGCACUCGAUUGCGGUGGCUAAUUCGAAAGCAAUCAUCGUCAGCUCUGAACUGGCCGAAGCCGUUGCAGAAGUAACGGACCAGGAAGGAGUCAAAGGACUGCCAAUUUUCUUAUAUGGCAAUGAACAUUCGUCUGAAUCCAGCAAAAAUGAUCAGUUACCAGAAGCCGACAACCUAAGACAAGCUUUGGACAAUGUACCGAGUGUAGAUUUAAGCGCUCUGUGGGAUGAUGUAUCACCGAGAGAUAAAUUAGUUUACAUUUACACCUCCGGAACGACGGGAAUGCCGAAGGCGGCCGUGAUCACCAAUUCCAGAUUCAUCAUGAUGGGCACCGGUUGCUACUACAUGCUGGCUCUUCGUGACGACGAUAUCAUUUACAACGCCCUGCCCCUGUACCACUCCGCCGGCGGAAUGGUUGGCAUCGGAAGCGUCCUGCUGUGCGGAUUAACGGCUGCCCUUCGGAAAAAGUUUUCCGCGUCCAACUUUUACCCGGACUGCAUCAAGUACAACUGCACGGUUGCCCAAUACAUUGGCGAAAUUUGCCGAUUCGUUUUGACGACCCCACCGAAACCGACCGACACGCAGCACAAGGUCCGGAUGAUGUUUGGCAAUGGACUGCGACCGCAGAUCUGGACCCAAUUUGUGUCACGCUUCAGCAUCAGCCAAAUUGCUGAAUUUUAUGGAUCGACCGAAGGAAACUCGAAUCUGAUGAAUCUGGACAACACGGUGGGAGCAGUUGGUUUCGUUCCCGCCUUUGCGAGGACAUUCUACCCGGUGACGUUGGUGAAAUGCGAAGAGGAAACCGGAGAAAUCGUGCGUGGUUCCGAUGGGUUCUGCAUCCGGUGCAAGCCCGGUGAGCCGGGAGUGUUUGUUGGAAAGAUAAACCUGAAGAAUGCACUCAGUUCGUUUGUGGGCUAUGCCGAUAAGACGGCCUCCGAGAAGAAGGUGUUGAGAGACGUGUUCUCCAAGGGGGAUAUGUUCUUCAACUCGGGUGAUAUUCUAGUGGCGGAUCUGUUCGGGUAUUACUACUUCAAGGAUCGAACGGGAGAUACUUUCAGAUGGCGUGGUGAGAAUGUAGCUACUUCGGAGGUUGAAGGUGUCAUUACCAAUAUCGUUGGAUUGAAAGAUUGUGCCGUCUAUGGAGUCGAUAUCCCCGGAACGGAGGGCAAAGCGGGAAUGGCCGCAAUCGUCGACUCAGAGGGAAAACUGGAUCUGGAACAGCUUGGGGCCGGAAUCCGCGGAAGUCUACCGCCGUACGCGCGUCCGCUGUUCAUUCGGGUGCUCUCCGAGGUGCCCAUGACGACCACAUUCAAGCUGAAGAAACGAGACCUUCAACUGGAGGGAUACGACAUCAACAAGAUCAAGGAUCCCAUCUACUUCCUGCAGGGAAAUGGAAGCUACAGCCGGUUCAGUACCGAAGCGCAUGCAACCGUGACCAGCGGCAAGGGCAAGUUCUAAUGCCUGGCAGGAAGCUCGGAAACAUAGUCAAAAUUGAAUAGCCAAAAGACAAAACGCAGUUUACCAACAAAUUCCAAUCGACUGAGUAGUAAGAUUUAUGAUCAGUUUUUAAUGUGUCGAAUAGUUGUUAAGAUGGACAUUGUUUCUAGUGGAGUAGCUUAUGUAUGUUUUCGGUUUAAAUCUCAUUUCUUUUAAGAGACAAUUGUUACACAUUUGCCAUACAAGUGAAGCUCCAAGAUAUUUGUAAUUUUAAUGACUCGUUGCAUAAGUACAAUUUAGAAUAAAUGAUGAAUCUGAUUAUUUGUGAAA